AAGAAAGCUUGCAUCGAGCCUUGUGGUGGACGAAGGCUUUUUAGCGAUGGGUCCUGCCACCCUUGCAUCAGUGAGCGCAGAAGUUGUUGACAAGGUUGAAAUCAAGACAGCCUUGGUGUCUGUCUUUGACAAGGCUGGACUUGAAGACCUUGGCAAGUUCCUUGCUUCCAAAGGAGUUCAUAUCCUUUCGACUGGUGGGACCGCUGCAAAACUCAGGGACUUGGGUUGUACUGUUCAAGAUGUUGCCGACUACACCGGGUCACCUGAGAUUCUGGAUGGUCGCGUGAAGACACUGCACCCAAAGGUCCAUGGUGGCCUGCUUGCUGCCCGUGGCAACGCUGGACAUGAGGCUGAAAUGGAAAAACACGGCAUCCGCAAAAUCGAUCUUGUUGUUGUCAAUCUUUACCCUUUCCAAGAAGCCGUGGCCAAAGGUGGCGACUUCGCGACCUGUAUUGAGAAUAUUGACAUUGGUGGACCAGCAAUGAUUCGGGCAUCUGCCAAGAACAACGCAGCUGUGACCAUUCUCACCAGCCCUUCUCAGUAUGCCAAGUUCACGCAGGAACUUAGCGACAACAACGGCUGCACGACUUUCAACUUCAGGAAGAACAUGGCCGCUGCUGCCUACUGUUUGACAUCCGCAUAUGAUUUUGCUGUAAGCGGAUGGCUUGCUGGAGAGGUCACAGAACCUCCAGCCAAGAAGACCGUGACAUUUGAGCUUGAGAUGCCUUUGAAGUAUGGAUGCAAUCCGCACCAGCUCCCAGCAGGCCUUUGUGCAGUUGCUGGUAAGAAGCUUCCCUUUGAUGUUGUGAAUGGAACGCCCGGUUACAUCAAUUUGCUGGAUGCAAUCAAUGCGUGGCAACUGGUUCACGAACUGUCUCAAGCAACUGGCUUGCCAGCUGCUGCAUCCUUCAAACAUGUGAGUCCUGCUGGCGCAGCCAUUGGCAUUCCACUGAGCGACGAGGAGAGAAUAGUCUACGAAGUGAAAGACAAGGAGAUGACAGCAACUGCUGCAGCCUAUGUUCGAGCUCGAAAUGCUGAUCCCAUGUGCUCCUUCGGCGACUUCGUAGCAAUUUCCCACGAAGUGGAUAUGGCCACUGCAAUGAUUUUGAAGAUCGAAGUUAGCGAUGGCAUCAUUGCUCCAUCCUUUGUUCCAGAAGCUCUGGAAGUUCUCAAGGCAAAGAAAGGCGGCAAAUUCAUCGUCCUCAAGGCUGAUCCGAACUUUCAGUACUCCGACCUGGAAUAUCGAAUGGUUGGCGGCGUAGGCUUCAUGCAGAAAAGAAAUGAUGCGCUCUUCGAUGCAUCCAAGUUGAAAGAGGUUGUGACCUCUCAAAAGACACUGCCAGACAAGGCGCAGAAGGACCUGAUUCUUGCGUCCAUCGCCAUCAAGUACACGCAAUCCAAUUCGGUGGGCUACAGCAAGGAUGGCAUGAUGAUUGGUGUUGGUGCUGGGCAGCAGAGCCGCGUGGACUGUGUCAAGCUGGCCGGACGCAAAGUCGCAACCUGGUGGUUGAGGUUCCAUCCAAAGGUGAAAGGCUUGAAAUUCAAGGACGGUGUGAAGCGACAGGAUCGUGUGAACGCAAGAGUACGCUACAUUGAGGGUGACAUGGAAGAAGCAGAGAAGACUGAAUGGUUGAAAAACUUCGAUGCUCCGCCAGAAGCCUUGACCACAGAGGAGAAGAGUGCCUUUCUGAAGGGUCUUGAUGGUGUUGCUAUCUCCUCCGAUGCCUUCUUCCCUUUCCGCGACUCAAUAGAUCAUGCUACAAGGUUGGGCGUGAAGUACGUUGCGCAACCAGGAGGUUCCGUUGCAGAUGCAGAGGUCAUCGAAGCAUGCAACACCUAUGGCAUGGCAAUGGCUUUCACCAAGCUGAGAUUAUUCCACCACUGAGUUUGGUGAAUGUAUAUAGAGCCAAAUGAACCUUCAUCCGUGUUAGUGCACUCCAGGGUCAGAAAGCAUGGGCAGCUAUGAAUGACCAAA